GUCAUGGCGUACAGCGUUUCGUGAUCCGAAAGAAGUGUGCUGAAAAAUUAUUUGUGUUGGACGAAUAACUGACAGUGCAGAGUUUAUUACAGUUUCAUAGUGUGUUCAUUUGCCUAAUAGUUAUGAUGGUUAUUACAUUUCGUUGGUUCCUUGCUAGAAUAGUUUUAUAUAUAAGUUGUAUAUCCGUCCUGUUUAUCAGUGAUAGCACUGCUGUCAUUCCAGAUGGAGGAUAUGUAAAUAUAUCUCUCGAAAAUUACAAUACCUCAUCCAUAGCAGGGCGUCUGAUUAAGGAUGUAAAACAAAUUCUUCCACUUUCCACAAUAAUUUUAAAUGUUAUCAGGAUUCCAGAGACAGUGCGAUUCAUAGUGGUGCAGGCUCACACUUUCCAGUACAAUGUAACACUCUCGUAUGAUGCUAUCUUGAGUCCGCACUCAUUUAUAAACGGUACAAAUUUGGGGUUGGUACAGCUAAUCAGUAAAAAUCAAAGCAAUGCAACAUUCUAUAUCCAAAAUACAAAUGCAAGACCCAGCAUCACGGUUCUCAUAACUGUACAAGGUUAUGGUGAAGAAGCUCCAGUGCCAGGUGGGUGUAAUGUGGAGUUCUCAGUCAAAACUGCCCCAUAUUUGAUUAUAAGCUUCACAGAAUCUUUGAUCUUUGUGGAUAGUCAACCAGCUUCAGCCGCGGUACCAUAUGACAAACCGCGCCCUGCCUGUGAACCCCAGGUUGUCCAACAUGAGAUGUACCACAUGUUUUUACCAGAAAGAGACUUUUCAUCAGACUCUUACUUUGAUGCACUCUUGAAAAUGAUGACUGUUGAGGACAUACAGCUGAAUGGACGCAAGGUUCCAGAACCUUUGGAGGGUUCUGUUAUGCAGCAGAUUUACAGUGCUUACCCUGGCACAGGCUCAGUGUACACUGUCACUGCAAAAUUUGGAACAUCUGUCGCUGCGUAUGUACCUACUGUGACAUAUGCCUGCAGUACUGUGUACUGGACAGACACUUGUCUUGUUCUCAGUACUACAUUUUCGAGGGUUUUAUGUGCUGUGAUAUUUUUCCUUGGUCUGUUUGUCUGUCUUUAUGGACACCAGUUUUUCAAGACAGAAACAUUUUUGCUUGGUUUUCUGUCUGGAGGACUAAUUUUCUACAUUUUAAUAGCAGCCUUUUCAACACUUAGUGCCUCAGAAAAUGUAGUGGUGUCAGUGGUGCUAGGGCUGUGUUUUGGAAUAUUCUGGAUGGGAUUGUGGUGGUGCUAUGGAAUACCAGUGUUGUCUGUUCUCCUCGCUACUCUGACGCUGGGCUUUGUGGUCGCAGGCAUUGCAACUUAUGGUUGGUUAGGAGAUGUCAGUGUACUAAGAAAAGAUAUCAACUUCUGGGUGGUCUUUGCUUCAAUCACAGUCUUAGUUUCUCUGCUGUUUCUCUCACUAGUGCAGAAGGCAAACAUUAUUUCAUGUGCUGUACUUGGUGCAUAUUCUGUUAUCAUUCCAAUUGAUCAUUACAUUGGUUCCAACUUGAAAUAUAUCAUAGUCAAUAUUAUCCGGCGAGCUACAGUGAAAGAUUUCAGGAUGGCAAUUAUAGAUCCUCCAUUUCAAAUGAGAGAUGCAGUUCUGUGUACAGUUUGGAUUGCACUUGCAGUAGUUGGUGUUGUGGUUCAGUGCUAUAAACAGCAAGGAAAGCCACCAUUCCCACCUCCUCCAAACACAAGGCACAGGGAAUAUUUCAGACGAAUGAGGUUCCCUUGUGCCAGCCAGGCCUCAAGAGAGCACACACCACUGCUUAUUGAGGCAGAUGUUCCAGCAGCUCGCAUUCCUUGUAUCACCACUUCACUUGAGAAUGAUGACGUAUUUGAAUCGCCACAACGUUCACGUUGUGUUUUCUGUUUCUUCAAACGAUGUUAACAGGCAGCUUAAAAUACUGAAAUUAUCUUCUUCUGCCUGUGUUUAAUUCGGUAACUAGCUUUACAGAUUUGUUCAAGCAGCACUAAUAACUGUCAUAUUUGUUAGUAUGUGUAUGUAUUGUGAUUAUAAUGUAUUUGGGAUUUUCUGCUACCAGGGAAGUGGAAUAACAUCUGUUUUGCUGGUUGUGUUAUGAGUACUUACUGACUCCUUGUUCUGAUGCUUGAAUUCUGUAUGCCAUAACAUUAUACAGGAUUUUCUUUGAAACUGUUCCGUAAUAGAAUGUGUACUUCAUAUCUCGGUGUACAGUACCCACAUCCCCAGAUUUAACACCCACUGUGCACAAAAAUGACCCAAGAAGCAUAUAACAAAUGAAAGUGAAUAGUGAAGAUGCCAUCAGCAGCACAGUGGAAACUCUUACAUGUCCCCUGUUUCCAUACUUCAUUAUAAUGUUUGUUGGUGUACUCUCCCUUCAUAUGUAGAACUGUUUAUCAUAUACGUUUAUAACUUUACAUUGUAUUUACAUACAUCGCUUCAGCCCUUAUAUUGUUUGUGUCUUAAAGUAUCAACCUCAAGUGUUACUAUGUGUUACAUCUGCGACUGAAGUCCUACAUUUGUUAUGUUACUUUGUUUUAUAGUAUGAUGUGUUUUUAAAAAUUUUAAUUAUGUGUUCUUAUGAAGUCCAUGAAUUGUUUUUGUUUGGAUCAUAUCACAGAUUACAAAUAAAGUUAUUUAUUCUCACU